AUGUUGUGGAAGGUGGACCUUGUUAUGGGGCUCAUUGUGCUGGCAAUUCAUGAUUGCAACCUCAAAUUUAUAGAUAUUCACAAAGACAAUGAUCGUUUUAUCAUUUCUGUGGAGCAUGUUUUGCACCACUUCAAUGAAAACCACGAUGAUGAUUUUGCCUACAAGUUACUGAGAGUCUGGAGAAGUCAGCGUGAGAGAUAUGCAUUCAUAUAUUUAGUAGACCUGGAGAUGGGCCGCACAACUUGUGGGAAACAUGAUGAAGACAUUGACAAUUGCCCAUUGCAGGAAGGCCAAGAAGAGAAAAAGGUACGCUGCACUUAUAUUUUGAAGAAUAUAGUAUGGGUGACGCAGUUUGUCGUCUUGAACAGCACCUGCGCACAGAGUUAAGUGGGGCAGCAGUCUCUGUGUAACUGCA